GCCCAACAAAAUACAUCUUCUCUGUGAGAGCUCUCCCCCCUCCUCUUUCUCUCUCCUCUUCCUGUAAAACCCUAACCUUAAACCCUAAUCACACCCAGCCCCCUCUUCCCUUAAACCCUAAUCACUUCACUCUCGCUCUCUCUCUCUCUCUCUCUCUACACGGUGAUUCACCAUGAAGGACAAGAAUCUGAAGAGGAAGAAAGCUUCGGCUCAAAAGGGUCCGAAAACAGGAAAACGAAUAUUCUCAAUCAAUAGCGACCCAUUCUUUGACACCGAAUCGAAGCGUGGCAGAAAAAUUGACAAUGACGAGGACAUAGAGAGCAGCGAAGACGAGGAUUUUGACGAUGAGAGGUCACGAGGAGAGGACAAGGCGGCGGAGGAGGAGGAAGAGACGGCGGCAGAGAAGAGGAAGAAGGUGGCGGAGGCGCACUUGGAGAAGAUAAGGGCGGUAGUGAAGAGAGAGAUGGAGGAGGAGGAGGAGAGGGAAGGGAGCGAGGGGGAGGAGAGGGAAGGGGAGAGGGAUUCGCUCGUGGCGCAGAUUCUGCUGCAGGAGCAGAUGGAGGAGAGCGGGCGCGUUCGGAGAUUGAUCGCUUCUAGGGUUCAGAAACCAGAAACCAGUGAUGGAUUUCGGGUCCUAGUGAAGCACCGGCAAUCUGUCAAUGCUGUAGCUUUGUCUGAGGAUGACUUAAGGGGAUUUUCAGCUUCCAAGGACGGCACUAUUAUUCAUUGGGAUGUAGAUAGUGGGAAAACUGAAAAAUACCUUUGGCCAAGUGAGGAAAUUCUGAAGUCACAUGGUGCAAAAGAUCCACAAGGCCGAGCUGUAAAAAAGCAUAGCAAGCAAGUUUUGUCCUUGGCUGUCAGCUCCGAUGGUCGUUACUUGGCGAGUGGAGGCUUAGAUCGUCACAUCCAUUUAUGGGAUACCCGCACUCGAGAACAUAUUCAGGCUUUUCCAGGUCAUCGAGGGCCCGUGUCAUGUUUGACAUUUAGGCAAGGAAGUUCAGAAUUAUUUUCAGGAUCAUUUGAUCGAACGAUUAAGAUAUGGAAUGCAGAAGAUAGAGCUUACAUAAACACAUUAUUCGGUCACCAAAGUGAAGUGUUAACAAUCGAUUGCCUGAGGAAAGAACGGGUUUUGACUGUGGGACGUGAUCGGGCUAUGCACUUGUUCAAGGUUCCGGAGGAGUCACGGUUGGUGUUUCGUGCUCCGGCAUCGUCUCUAGAAUGCGGGUGUUUUAUUAAUAAUGAUGAGUUCUUAUCGGGCUCAGAUGACGGAAGUAUUGAGCAUUGGAGUGUUUUGCGGAAGAAGCCUGUUCACAUUGUGAAAAAUGCCCAUGCAUUGGUAACUUCUCACAUGUUAGAGCAAAGUGAGAAUGAAAGACUAGCCAAUGGCCAAAUAGAAAAUGGGUCCCAGAUUCCUGCAAACCAUUGUUGUUCAUCAGCAUGUUCGUGGGUUAGUUCUAUCUCUGUAUGUAGAAGCAGCGAUGUAGCUGCUUCAGGAGCCGGUAAUGGCUUUGUUCGUCUUUGGGCAAUUGAAAGCGAAUCCAAAGGCAUAAGGCCCUUGUUUGAGCUUCCACUGGUUGGGUUUGUAAAUUCCUUGGCUUUUGCAAAAUCCGGACAGUUCUUGGUUGCUGGAGUUGGGCAGGAACCCCGAUUAGGAAGGUGGGGACGUUUUCCUGCUGCUCGAAAUGGAGUUCUUGUGCAUCCCUUGAAGCUUUCUUAAAGUUUGGGUAUAAGGUUCCUCAAUUUUGAUUGACAUGAGUUUAGAACUAUGUGAGUAGCACAUGAUGUCUGUCGCUGUUUUUGUAACGUUUAUGAAUUUGUUUUUGAAAAAACAGAGAUUUAUCAAUGAGAAUAUUCCAAAAAUGUUUCCCUGUU